AUGGUCGGGUUAUCUAUGAGCACAACUGCUUUGCCCCUAUCCCUAUCCACUCACAAGGCUAGAUUGCUAUCGCAUCAAAUUUUAAUCUUGAGAGAAAGUCCUGCUCUCAACCUCUUUCCAGAAGGACAUCCACCUUCGGGGCCUGCCUCCGGAGGUCUGAUCAGCAACUCCAACGCGUCUAUUCUGGCAUAUUGCGUCGCCUCGAUUAGCAUGACCGCUGUCAACAAGUACAUCUUUUCUGGCGGAUCAUGGAAUCUCACAUUCUUCUGUCUCACGGUUCAAUCCGUUGUCUGCUUGAUUGCCGUUGUCGUCGGUAAGCGCCUUGGCAUGGUCACCACCCUGGGACCAUACGACACUCUCAAGGCCAAAAAAUGGUUUCCCUUGUCCGUCUUGCUCGUCGGAAUGAUCUACUCCGGCGCCAAGUCGCUUCAGUAUCUCAGCGUGCCAGUUUAUACCAUCUUCAAAAACCUGACCAUUAUCGUCAUUGCGUACGGCGAAAACGUGUUUUUCGGCACCAAAGUCUCGCGCAUCAUCCUAGUCUCCUUUGGCUUGAUGGUUCUGAGCUCCGUCAUUGCUGCUUGGGCCGAUAUCCAGGCCGCGCUGAAUGGACUGCACUCUGUCGAUACGACGGCCGCAACGGCGCAGCUGACGGCUGGCUACACCUGGAUGGGCAUCAACGUGUUCUGUACCUCGGCCUUUUUGAUCGGCUCGCGCAAGGUCAUGAAGGCGUUCAACUUUAGCGACGUCGACACCAUGUUCUACAACAACCUACUUUCCAUCCCUGUUCUUAUCCUGGCGUCCGUGUUGCUGGAAGACUGGUCGAGCGAAAACGUCACCAGAAACUUCCCGCCAGAGACGCGGACUGUCCUCAUCAUCAGCAUGAUUUACUCUGGUCUCGGCACCAUUUUCAUUUCGUACACGACUGCCUGGUGCAUUCGCGUCACUUCUUCGACGACGUACUCCAUGGUUGGCGCGCUCAACAAGCUGCCCAUGGCCGUCACGGGCUUCAUCUUUUUCGGCGCCCCCGUCACUCUCGGCAGCGUGUCGGCCGUCUUUAUUGCUUUUGUCAGCGGCAUCGUGUAUGCGUGGGCCAAGGUGAUGCAAAGUGAAAAGGCCAAGCUGGCCCUGCCUACGACAAACGAUACCAGGGAGAAGGAUAUGAAAGUUUGA